AUGGUGCGUCUAGGUGUGAAGAUCAAAAAGCGCGGAAAGGUGCCGCAGCGCCGCCGGAAGCAAAAGCCACUGCGCAAGUUCAAGACCAAGUUUGUGCGUGACCCAAAGGUGCAGGAGGUAUGGGACCACAAUCUCACCACGCGCCAGAACUACGAAAACCUGGGCCUGCAGGCCAACCCGAACGCGCACGGAGCGCUGCGUGAGAGCGUUGCGGGUGCGGAGGGGACGCUUGAUGCCGCCGACGAGGCUCGGCUAUUCGAGGUGCCCGACAGUGACUUCCUUGGCGACCGUAACUCCAAGCGCGUGGCCAACUACUUGUCGGAGGAAGAGACCAAGUAUCUACGCAAGCUCAUUGCCAAGUACGGCGAGGAUUACAAGAAGAUGGAGCGUGACAUCAAGACCAACAACAUGCAGUGGACAGAGCAGAAGCUUCGACGUCGCUGCGCGCGUCUCGCGCUGCUGGAUGCCAACAUCAUUAGCAAACCGCAGGCAGAGGAAACAUAG